AACCGGCGAGCGGUCGGACAGUUUCAUCCGCGCUUGUUUGGUAUUGCAGACGGACGGCAGCACUCGCCAAAUUCGAAAACGGGUUCCGUGCACACAGUGUGUCCGUGUGUGUGUGCCUUCUGGCUGGGUCUUUUCUGAACUCCCCGGUGCCGAAACGACGGACCGAGCGGGUCACACUGAAGUUAUUCUUCCGUGUCUCUUGGUGUACCUACCGACGCUGGGCUGGGUUGCUUUGAUUCCCGCUUGGAAACGUGGCAAAUACGGUGAUUUUUGUGUGUGAAAUUAAAGUGACGUCCACAAACCUAGUGUGUGUCCGUGUGUGUGUGUGUAUGUGAACUUUGCGUAGGUGGUAAAUAUCUAUUCCCUUAGGACGGCAGCAUAAAACGUGACCACCACCGACCCACCAACAACACAGCGGAAGGAUGGGGCUGAAGGAUUGCACGAUUGAGUUGGAUAAUCCGUACAACACGUACUAUGCCGGCCAGACCGUGAAUGGUCGAGUUACGUUUACGUUCGAUUCGCCGAAAAAAAUACGGGGCAUUGUAAUAAAGUUCGCCGGCGAAGCGGAAACCAAAUGGAGCGAAACGGAGACGAAAACCGAUCCGAACGGCAAGCAGUACGAGUCGACGACGAACCUGACCGGGCAGGAGGAAUACUUCCAGAUACAGUACUACCUGCUCGGUGGCAAGAAUGCGGCCGAAUGGGAACUGCCGGCGGGGAUGCACACCUACCCGUUUACCUGUGCCCUGCCGCCAACGCUACCGUCGUCGUUCGAGGGUGAAUGGGGUUUCGUGCGCUACACCGUCAAGGUGACGCUCGAUCGGCCGUGGAAGUUCGACCAGGACAUCAAGAUGGCAUUCACCGUGAUUUCGCCCGUCGAUCUGAACUUGAAUCCGCGCGUCAAAGACCCGUUCAAGCUGGAGCUGGAGAAAAAGUUCUGCUGCUUCUGCUGCGCGUCCGGCCCGCUAAGCUUGAUCGUGCACGUACCCGUGACCGGAUUCGUUUCCGGCCAGUCCGUCCCGGUGACGAUCGAGUGUGACAAUGCGAGCAACGUGGGGGUGGAGAAGAUCACGAUCAAUCUGCGCAAGCUGCUGGCCUUCCACGUGCACACGCCGCGGCGCGAAACGAAGCGCAAGAAGGAGCUGGUCACCACCAUUUCGAUGGGGCCGGUCGAGGCCGGCAACAGCCAGACGUGGCAACAGUUUCUGCAGAUACCGCCGCUACCGCCAUCGAAUCUGGUCAACUGCGGUAUCAUUGAUGUCGAUUACGAUAUCAAAGUGGUUGCGGAAGCGUCCGGCAUGCAUGCCAACCUGGACGGUAACAUACCGAUCGUGCUCGGUACGGUACCGCUCGAGUCGUUCCAGGCACCGCCACCCUACACCGAUAAUCCGCCGGUGUCGAGCGACAUCAUUGCGACCGAAACGGAUCCGUCCAUGCUGCCGACGCAACCCGUCAGUCCGGCCAGUCCGCCGAGCAAUGGGGCGGGCGGUGCGCUCGGAUGGAACGUGGGCGACAACAAAGCCUACCCGAACAUACGUAAGUGUGGUAGAGGGUUUUGCAGAAUCGAAUCGAAUCGAAUCCAACGGUUAACCCCGUACGGUAUCUUUCUUUGGUUUCAGCUCCACCAACGUUCGCCGAAACUUCGUACAAGGCGCCAACCAUUUCGGGCAAAAAUGACUCCGAGUUCACACGCAUCGUUGGCGGGAUCGAGUACGCGCCCCGGUAUCCGACGUACGCGUUUACACCAUCGGCUCCACCACCACCACCCAAUUAUUGAUAAACCGGGACAAUCCAGUGCGGUCCAUCGUAUGGUGCCUCGUUUCUUUUUACACACCAAUUUUCACCCUCGAAUAGUUGACAUCUUUUGCGUACUCAUUAAGAGUACGCAGAUGUUUAUAAUAUAAAUAUGGAUUCCCUUUUUGAGUUUAUAUAAAGCACUUUCGAUCACAAAUAUAUUGAUAAACUGAUCGGGAGAGAUAUUUCCUGCUGGGAAUGCACUUUUUGUAACUAUUUUCCACGUGCGCACAACAUAUGCAUGCGUUUCUCAUUCGCACGCAAUCGUUUUACACUUCCUGCUAUCUCUUUCAUAUUAUGCUUUACUUACACAAACACUCGCUUUUGGUCGAUCGUUAACCAUACAGUGUAAGCGCAAUUGUAUUGCUACUGUUGUUGUAAACAUUAAGCUUGCUGCUUCCUUUUUAUUAGCCUAUACCGCGCAAGGCCAAAGGCCAUUAUAAUGCAACAUGUAGUGUAAGAAAUAUACAAAAAAACAGAACAUUAUAAACAGUGCAAACUUAUUGCACAUACUUUUCGGUUUCUAUAAACAUACUUUGCAAAAUGUAAUCCUAGUUAUUGUGGAAAACUACAUCACAUAUAAGCCAGUAUCCUUAGGACACAUCCGUCACAAUCGUUAUAAGUCAGUUCUAAAGGUUCUUAGUAAUUUUGCAAAAAAAAACUAUAUGUAUCCAACAAUUACUUCAGUAAACCAGUAAACCAAGAAGAUGUAAUGUUGAACGGGAUUAAAGCGUGGCCGACAUAUACACAACAAACCUAGACGUAUUAGAAUACAGUUGCCAAAACGAGAAUGAGUUCCAGACAGGGCCGGGCAGUAUGAAAUACUGAUAAAGCUACUAAACAGCGAAACAAUGAAAUACGAUACCGUUCACAGCAACAGUGCCUACAAGUUUUAUAUUAGCUACGCGUGUGAGCACUCGGGAAGCUCAGGAACCAUACAAACAACCUCAACUGAAAAGCAUAGGACUGGUACGAAGUAACUACACAUGUUUCGGCAUUUACCGAACAAACUGUCACAAUCGAAAGACUGGUUGGAUUCUGUCUACGCCGUGAGAAUUAUACAUCUUCCAAACAUGUUUUAAUGAAUUGCCAGAAAGUGUAGGAUGCGACAAAGUGGUGUUAAAAAAAUGGCAUCUUUUAAAAGCGCGCCAAAAAAAUGCACAGGUGCUGGAAGAAGGCGCAACAGCGUUUGAUAGUGGCUUCUUGAAAUAUUUAACGGGGUUCUCUUCUUUGAAAUUCAAUCACAGCUUAAAACAAUAUUUAUGAACGUUUCUGCAAACGAAACAUUAUUCGAUCAAAAUCACACUCAUUCGAAGGAAAAAAAACAAUCUAUGUAAGGAUUUGUGUGAUGUGUAAUAAAAUGAAAUGACCUAUA